CCUGGGAUGGACACGAAUAACAGAAAAGCCGUGCUCAUGGUCCUGCUCCUCCUCCUCUGCGAGUCCACCUCCGGAGCGAACCCCGUGUCCGAGUGCUGCCGUCACCCGUCCCCGUCGUGCCGCCUCUACCUGCUCCUCUGUCGGCCCGCGGGACUCCAGGCCGGAGACGCCGCGGCCGGGAUCCUCACUCUGGGCAAGCGCUCCGGGGAAGAGUACCGUUUACAGAGCCGACUCAACCACCUCCUCCACGGACAGCGGAACCAGGCCGCGGGAAUCCUCACCAUGGGCAAGAGAACAACGCAGCAGGACUGGAUGGAGCAUGCCGAAAUAUCCACGACUCUACCGGCUUAG